UGGCAUACAAGGAUCCAGAUGCAAGGCAGCAUUCUCAGCACAGAAGUACCAGUGGGAGGUAGUUAAGCUGCAGAGACUCCAUCAAGGUUAUCCAAAGAGCAGCCUGGAUGAAGAGGGAUUUCAGCCUCAGAUGGAUGACCCCUGGGACCAGGCGCUACUGAUCCAGCUACUGCGCUGGAUCGAGCCCAACCCAGCCCCUCUGCUCCGUCGACUCUAUGACUGUGGGCUCCUCAGCCAAUCAGAGUACUUCUCCCUGCUGGAGAUCAGUCCCAAGGCCAACCAAGUCAUUGCACUUCUGGACAGGGUCAGCCAGGAGCCCAGGGAGAGAGAAGAAUUCUUGCACCAGCUGAGGGGCCUGCAAGAGGCCUACUGCCCGGAGUUGCAACACUGGCUGCAGAAGAACUGUCCAGAGCAAGAGGAAAAGGGAGAAGCUCCUAAAUCCCAGCCCGAUGCCAAGCUCUCCAAAAAAAGUCAUCGGUCAUGGAAAUUUUGGAAAGUCAAGGAAUUCAAGAUCCCAGAGAAGUCCGUCAGUAAGGCAUUCUCCCAUUCUCUCGCCACACCAGCACAUUCUCUUAGGUGCUGCAAAGAAUUCUAUGAUUAUGAGGGAAAGGACAAUAGUUUGACUUUCCGAAGAGCCCUGAGCCGACAAUGUAAAGCUGCCUUGCACUGCCACCGUCGAUGGCUGAUGACCCGCACCGAGAAGCUCUGCACCAAUGUGGACGACACAGAGUCAUGCGGGCACAUGGAGAUCCGCUAUACCGAACUGCUGCUCUCUGACCGUCCCAGCCCUGGCUCCACCGGCCAUGACUACUUGCAGCUGGCCUCUCGUCGCGCUCGCCUCUACUCCGUCCACGCUCCCCGCCGCUUGGCCUUACGUCAGCUCUUCUCUGCACUGGCUGGUGAACAGUUUCCUCCUCGACGGGUGAUGCUGAGUGGCGCUGCUGGUAUUGGCAAAAGUGUAGCAGCCCAGAAAAUUCUCCACGACUGGGCACUGGGUGCAGCCUUCCAAAGAUUCCUUUGCGUGAUGGACUUUUCUUUCCGAGAGCUCAGCCUCAUGACGGCACCCCAAAGCCUUGAGGGUCUGAUCCGCACCAAGCAUCCCCACUUGAACAAUGUUCUCCAUGAGCUGCUUGAAAAGCCCGGGGAGUUAUUGGUGAUCUUAGAUGGUUUGGAUGAAUUCAGGCACCCACUGGAGAGCAAGAAUGCCUGCUUCCGGGUGGACCAGUCAGCUCCCAUCAAAGACCUGGUGCAUGGCCUUCUCUGUAGGUCUCUGUUGCCGGAAUCCACCAUUGUGGUCACAUCCCGGCCUUCUGCUACCCUUCCGGAAGACUGUUUUGACCGCCAUUUUGUCAUCCUUGGCUUCCAAGAAGAGCAAGUGAAGGACUAUUUCUCCCGUUUCUUCCGGGACUCCGAGCUUGCAGCGGCUGUGUUCAGCUACGUCUCUGCCCACGAGGGCUUAGCCAGCCUCAGCUUCAUCCCCCUCUACUGCUUCAUUCUCUGUACAGCUCUGGGGGAGUUCUUCCCACAGGUCAGGGCAAGGGAGGUCUCCCCACCCAGUACCAUCACUGAGGUCUACCGUCAAUACUUAUGCACUAUUCUUCAGUCACAAGCGCCUGCACAGCCGCAAGCGGGAGGACCGAACUGCGUUCUGGGAAGGGCCCACAGCUUGUUGUUGCAACUCGGCAAACUUGCCUAUUCUGCUCUACUGAGAGGAAAGAUCCUGUUCUACACAGAUGAGCUACAUGAGUUUGGUUUUGACCUGAAGAACCUGCCGGGUGCUUUCUUGAACCGCAUCUUCACCAAGGAAAAAGAUGAGGUCUAUUGUUUCUUCCAUUUGACCAUACAAGAAUUCUUAGCUGCAUUGUACUCGGUGGCGAUCCUAGACCCUGGGGGUCAGGAGCUAACAUCCUGCUUGGAUCUCUGGUGGGAUGGAACAGCUCAAAAGGCAAGGCACAUGGAGAACCCUCCAUCCCUCUCCAAGAAUGGACUACUCAGCUCCACCAGGGAGCUCCUGAAAGGAUACUACCAAUGGGAUAACUUGCAAAUGUUUUGCAGAUUCUUCAUGGGUCUCUUGACCUCCAGGAUGGAGGGCAGGCUGGUGGGUUUGGCCGAGGGUCUGACUGGAGAUCCCCUCCUGCCUUUGGCAGACUGGCUGGGGAAGAAGGUCCAGUAUGAAUCAGACCGGAGGCUGCUGACCCUCUUGCAUUGCCUGGCAGAGCUGCGCCAGGAUGAGGUGACCCGGAAGGCAGCUUCCAAGCUGAACGAGGUCAAUCUUUUCAAGGUGACUUUGAACCCAGCUGACUGUACAGCCCUGGCCUACGUGCUGGGCUCCUCAGAGCCCAAGGUACUCCGGAAUCUCAACCUAAGCUACAGCAACAUGGGCAUCGGGGGGCUUCGGAGGCUGCAGGGACUCAUGCAUCGGUGCGAAACUCUGCAGCUGAGAUAUAAUUCUCUGGAUGGGGAGGCAGCUGCGAUAGAAGCGGCAGUGCUGAGGUCCCCACAGUGCCAGGUGAAACGGCUGCUCCUUUGUGGCAACUGCCUGGGCUCGGAGGGUGUGAGGAUCUUAUGGGAUGCCCUCCAGAAGAACACUUCCCUCCAAGAGCUCUAUUUGGAUAUCACGGGCAUUACCGACAGCGGCUUAGACAACAUCCUGGUUUCCUUGACGGACAACACGACUCUCAGGCUCCUAACCAUCGUGGGGAACCGACUGAGCAAGGCCGGAAGCCAAGUCCUCUCUGAGCUGAGCCGCAAAAAGCCAGAGCUCAAGAUCAUAAGCAGUUUCCUGACCGACAUGGGGCUGCUCCAAGCCUACCUGGACUGGGUGGAGGAGAUCAAAGCUGACCUGGAACAGAUGGAGUCCGUCAAGAAUGCUGACGCCUUGCGCUCAGUACUGGAGGUUCUGCCGGAAACAAAUGACAUGGGAGCCAGCCCGGAGGCCUGGGAAAAGGCUGAGCAUCUGAAGAAACAGAUCUGUACCCUCUUGAAGGAGGAUGAAUUGAGUGAAAAGAGGACACCAUGAUGCCUGCUUGGCUUAAUGGGAUUAUCUACCUGGAGGGGACGAACAGUGGCUCAGUUUGCAAGCACAAGGUCCUAUCUGGAGCAUCUCCAGUUAAAGGUGAUGGGAAAGACCUCCCUCUGAGUCUCUGGGGAGCUGCGGCCAAUCUAAGUAGACAACGCUGAUUUUGAUGGAGCAACGACUCGCUAUAAGGCCGCUUCAUCUGAAGCCAAAAGACAGCUGAUCUCAGCUCAUCUGAGGCAGCCCCCACCUCUCUUUCUGAAGGCAACCAUCCAAACUUAGAUCCAGAGGAGUUAGCCGAGUUAGUCUGUAAUAGCAAAAUAGUAAAGAGUCCAGUAGCACCUUUAAGACUAACCAACUUUAUUGUUGCAUCUGACGAAGAGAGCUGUGGCUCUCGAAAGCUUAUCAUCCAAACUUAGACAUGAAGGACUCGGUCCUUCACAGACAGAGGUGUGCUUCAACCAUACUGUGAGUGAAUUUCCCAAGGUCUCCACCCCAUUUCCAACAGAACAUAUGGCCAUUGUGUCAGGAACUGGAAAUGACAGGGAGCACCUCUG